GCUGAGAAGUAAGGCAGCUGUGUGAGGAAGAGGUAAAGAAGGGGGGAAUGACGAUGAGGGCUUUAGGAAGAAGAUUGGCUCUGCCUCAUCCACGACAUGUCCAACCCCUGCCACUCACUCACCAAUUUCUUCUACCGAAUUGAUAAAGGCUUAAGCCAUCUUGAACCAUCAUCUAUUGAGACAAUAUCAUGGUGAUUAUUUGUGUUGUUCUCUGGUGAGGUCUUGACUUGGCUUUUCAUUACCAAUGGCAGGACCCCAACACCAUUAGUGAUGAGAAAUUGGAGAGCAGACUGUAUAUUGGUAACCUUGAUCUCAGGAUAACAGAGUCGGCUCUGAUUAAGAUGUUUUCUCCAUUUGGAAAGAUUAUCUCUGAAGACUUCCUAUGGCAUGCCCGUGGCCCUAAACGCGGAGAGCCACGUGGGUAUGCUUUUGUCCAGUUCAGUUCCAAAGAGGAAGCUAUAAGGGCCAAGGAGAAGAUGCAUGGAAGAAUGGCAUGUGGCCGCCCUUUGGUUGUUCGUCUUGCCAGUGAGAAAUACCAAGUUGAAGGAUUAUCUAAUUCUUCCAAAAGUGUUGAAGGAAGCAGGUCUGGCCUUUCUGGUGGUGGAUGUGGACAAAUUAGUCGAAGUGCUAAAAUAGCUGCAAUAAAAAACAAACUAAAGGCCAUGGAUGAAGAGAGCCAUAACAACUCCAAAAAGCAGAAGCAAACUGAUGUAUCUUGCACGGACGGUAGUGAGAAACCUUCUUGCGAAAGAUAACAAGCUGAACAAACCAAAAAGAAAGUCUCUUGUGUUCUCUGGUAUCAUCUUCCUCCAGAAACAAUGGAUACAUUGAUUUUGUUGAUAGGUGUUAUUUGUUUUCUGAUAAUACAAUGACAUUUGAACUUUAGGUAGAAAGCAGAAACUAUUAGCUCUUUUAUGUUUUCCUCCUUAUCAUAGUUUGAGUCCUAUGGCAGCUUAAAAUGGGGGAAAUUAUAAUCCAGAUUGGUUUUGGCCGGACUUGAAUUAAUUAUAUGGUAAUUGUAAUACAUUUUCAGUAUGAUUAGUAUAUAGUUUAAAGAAAUAA